AUCCAUUUGACAUUUCAGCUAAGCAUGAACUGAUCUCUUUUAACCUGUGAUGAUCAGCCUGGUGGUUUGAAUAGAUUAGUUAUGCUGCAAUUUGUAUGACAUUCGACUAGUGGACAAUGAUCAGCCGAGCACACUGAAGCUGCAAACUAUGUGAGGUCAAGUUUAGUUCACUUUAUUGCAACUGUUUCUUCGUAUUAUGGUUGCUGGAAACUUCUCGAUUGAGUCGAUCGGAAAACAAGACAGCAUGUCGGAACAACCUCUUCUGUUCAAACCUGCAGUUCAGCAAGAGGUGACGAGGUCACUCAAUAUAGACUACACUCUUAGCACAAGUGGUUAUGAGUCACAGUUUAUGACACAUAGUGAGUCAGUGAACCAGCGAGAGAGGCGCUUGGGGGGUAAUUUGGGUUACAAUAAUGCGGGGUUAUCGUCAUCCGCCUUGCAGCCAAAACGACUUGUGAAAAGCAGUGGCAGAAAUUAUGGGUCCUUUACGAAUACAGCAUGCACAGACUCAUUUUUCCAGCACACGGUGCAGCAGGGCGAAACACUACAAGCAAUAUCCCUGAAGUACAACAUCAGCAUAGAACAGUUAAAGCGAAUUAACAAGCUCUACACGAACGAAGCAUUCUUCCUCAAAGAUACCAUCCUCGUUCCCUGUCCUGACGUUAUACCAGUAGACAUGACUUUGGUAUCCCAAGACGGUGCUCACACCUUUAACGACGAAAUCCACUCUCUCGAAAACAAGCAACGUAAGCAGAACAAAACAACCAGUAAGAAUGGCAUACAGACACCAAGAUCACAACCAGUAACAAUACAAGCUACUUCGAAGUCAAAUGGACAUCUUUUGAAUCCAGAUGCUGACUUGCAAAAAGGGUUAACCCAAAAUGGACAUUCGACGACGCAACGCGGCAACACUCCGCCGUCGCCCGACAUUUCAGACAUCUUCAAGAAGUUUGACACAAUGCUGGAAGUUACCAAGUCAAAUGUGGAGAAAUUACAGCAGAACAGCUCAUGUAGCGCAAUGAAUUCUUCGAGUAGCAGCGAAUCGCUUUUUAAUUUGCAGAAUAAAACAGCGACAGUUACAAGACAAGAUAAGAAGAAAGACAAGAAAGUUGGUCAUAAUUCAACAACUUCGUUUUUUCCCGAGAGCAAAAGACAUGAUGAACUCUAUGAAUUGUAACCUAAGCUUGUAAGAGAUAGUGUACUUGCAUUACUGAACAUCGAAAAGAACUUAUUUUGAACUGUUGGACAGUUACAGUAGUAGCACUCGCCCGCUUAAUUUUAAUUUGUAUAAAUGUUUUACCACAAUAUACCCAAGAGUUUUUGUUUAGUGUUCUUCUAUAG